AUGGGAAAGGAACAGUCGCGGCUGUCACUUUGGCACUUGGAGGAACCCAUUCAACUGCAGUGCCAGUCUGGCUACCUGCCCUGCCUGCGUUCCAGUGGCUGUAUCCUGCCAUCACAGCACUGCGACGGUGUUUGGUACGACUGUGCUGAUGGCUCUGAUGCACAGUACUGCCAGCCAGGCAAGGUCACACCAGCUCCAGGUAAGCACCAGCAGCAGUGUGCUGAUGGCUCUGAUGCACAGUACUGCCCAGGCAAGGUCACACCAGCUCCAGGUAAGCACCAGCAGCAGUGUGCUGAUGGCUCUGAUGCACAGUACUGCCAGCCAGGCAAGGUCACACCAGCUCCAGGUAAGCACCAGCAGCAGUGUGCUGAUGGCUCUGAUGCACAGUACUGCCAGCCAGGCAAGGUCACACCAGCUCCAGGUAAGCACCAGCAGCAGUGUGCUGAUGGCUCUGAUGCACAGUACUGCCAGCCAGGCAAGGUCACACCAGCUCCAGGUAAGCACCAGCAGCAGUGUGCUGAUGGCUCUGAUGCACAGUACUGCCAGCCAGGCAAGGUCACACCAGCUCCAGGUAAGCACCAGCAGCAGUGUGCUGAUGGCUCUGAUGCACAGUACUGCCAGCCAGGCAAGGUCACACCAGCUCCAGGUAAGCACCAGCAGCAGUGUGCUGAUGGCUCUGAUGCACAGUACUGCCAGCCAGGCAAGGUCACACCAGCUCCAGGUAAGCACCAGCAGCAGUGUGCUGAUGGCUGUGAUGCACAGUACUGCCAGCCAGGCAAGGUCACACCAGCUCCAGGUCAAACCGACUGCCAGGUCCUGUCACCACCGGCACUGGGCUCAAUGACCGUGAACGGCUUGAUGUUCAGCAACACGACCACGUUUGUGUGCACAUCUCCCUAUGUCCUUAUGGGCUCGGCCGUGCGUACUUGUGAAAUCAACGGCCAGUGGAGCGGUGUGCAGCCAACUUGCGUCCUGACGACUGCUGCUCUGAGUGCGGCCAGUGACGAGCUAGUCAAGGACUCCGUCUCAGAACGCAUGACACAAACGUGCCAGUAUUGCCAAGCACUGGGGACCUUUGGCAAUCUGAAGAAUGUUUUGUCCGAGAAUCGAUCCUUGGAUCUGUGGCGUUGCAGUUGUGGUGCUCCCGACCCUCUUGCGCGAUGGCCGCGGAGACUUGGCGAAAAGGUUCGAGACAUACGGCAUCUCAAUAUCUUCCACCACAAUCAGUACAUCAGCACCACCAUCGAGUGUAGCGACAUCAGCAAUAGAAGACGCACAUGAUAUCAUUCACCCUUACGGCCUUAGCGAAGACCCGGGAAUACCUGAGAAGAUGUUAGCCGCAACUUUACUGGAAAAGUCGUCGGUGACAACGGCACUCCAUAUUUUAGCUGCAUGCAGUUAGGUCUCUCAACAAGUGUACCCAAAGUUUUCAAGCUAAUACACAAGCAAAUUCACUAGGGCCGAGUAUAUUUUCCUACACCUCUCCCUGUUUGUUGUUGUUAUUUCUGCAUUCAAAUUGUUUGUGUACCCCUGUACAUUUAUUACAGUAGAGCCACGCAUCCACGGCUGUUGUUUCCAAGGGGUCAGGCUCGUCAGUUAUACAAAACCUUUCAGCAAUCUGGCCUUAGGCUUAGUUCCUUGACUUCUUGUACCACUUUCUUAGAUGCACAUCCCACUGGAUAGUGAGCAAUACGUGUGUAGCAGAAUCUGUAUUCCAGAAAAGCAGAGACUUGAGUCUAUUGACACUGCGUUUCUUUUUAAAACGUUAUUGGCUGUGGUGUUCCUAGAGGUAUACACGUACAUUCCUGGGUCCCACGUUCUGUGACACCCGACUGUAUUCGUGGUGCCUCAACAACUUUUAAUUUUGUGCACUCGGGAAAACCUGCCUGAGGCUGUGAGGCUGCAGAGUGUUGGCUGUGUUUUGCUUUAAAAAACCAUCAGGUCUCCCCAGAUUUUCUAGUCUGGCCCUGAAUUUUGCCACUCUUCGGUUUCAAAACCUAGUGUGGUGGUGGAAAGCCUA